CUUUGGCCACCCUAUGGAGACAACACAGAGAAUACAAGUGACACGAGGGAUGCCGAAUGACCAUUAUUGCUCGUCCGAGGACACGCUGCAGCAUACCUUAAGGCAGUGAUGGCGCCUAACUGAGUGGAAACAGCCGCCUGCAGCCAUGGGGACCUGAGGGAAGCCACCGCAGCCGCCUACACCAGCAGCAAGGACCAAUGAGGCCUUGCGAUGGGCCAGUCCCGGCUCUGGCUGCAGAGGUCGCUGCUGCUGCUGGUGGCCGCGCUGCUCGGCUGCCUGACGCCCGCCAAGCCAGAGGACGGCGCGACCACGAGAAAGGCUAGAGCGGAGGCGGCGCUGCAGGUGGUGCACGACGUGGCGACGGAGAACCUGGGCGCGCUGUGCGUCACCGAGCCCUACCGCUCGCUACCUGCCGGGCUCGACACCAGCCGCUACGAGGGCGCUCGCCAGAAGGCCGACAUGGCCGCCUCCAUGCUGCAGGACCUGGGCCUCACACACCACGCAACCCUGCUGGACGCGCUGGUGCGCAGCCUGGUGAUGUCGGACCGGCACGUGGUGGCGGCGCGGCUGCUGUCGCUGGAUGACUCCUCCGGCUCGGUGCUGGCGGUGUCAGCGUGGCAGCGCGCCCGCGGCCCGGCGCCCGACGCAGCCUCCAGUCCUGCACUCCGCUCGCCCAAGUUCGUGCCGUCGCCCGUGAACGCCUCGUACCGCGGCUGGUGGACCUACCCCUACUACUCGUGCCACGUGCGCCUCUGGCUCGUCUCCUACAGCAUCGCCAUUCAGCCCUCGUCGCACCGGGGGACGAAGGGCUACCUGUCGCUUGACGUGAACGUGACGCCGUUGGAGGUGAACCAGUGCGAGGCAAGCAGCGAGCCACCCCCGCGAUCCGAGCUGCGGGCAUUCCACAGUACGCAUAAGUGCCACAAUGACACCACGCAGUGCGAGCUCCGGCCGAGCCCCGGCUGGGUGCGUGGCGGCUACGUUUGCCGCUGUCGGGAGGGCUUCUACUCGCCGCACCACGGCGGCGUCUUCAACGGCACGCUGGUGGAAGCGGCGUGGCAGGAGCGCGAGCAGAACGUGAGCUCGCUGUACGAGGAGCUGUUCCGGUGCUUCCGCUGCGCCCCCGGCUGCGCCACCUGCCUCGACCCUUCGCCCUGCCUGGCGCCCUACAACUGGCCCUUCAGGCUGACGCUGCUGUCGUUUUCGGUGCUGUGCGCACUGUGCACCCUGGGCCUGGUCUGUUACGUCUACCAGCACAGAAGGCUCAAGGUGUUCAAGGUGGCGAGCCCCAUUUUCCUGGGCAUCACGCUACUCGGAUGUUCCAUUAUGUAUCUCGAGAUGGCCGCCAUUUUCCCUGUGCUGGAUAUGUACUCCUGCAUCGCUACGAAAUGGAGUCGGCAUCUUGGUUUCUGCAUAACGUACACGGCUCUCCUGAUGAAGACGUGGAGGGUAUCGCUAACAUACAGGGUAAAGUCAGCACAUAAGGUGAAGCUGACAGACAAACAAUUGCUCCAGUGGAUGUUUCCCAUUCUGCUAGUUAUGCUCAUCUACUUGGGAACAUGGACUCUGAGUGCUCCACCUACAGCAGAAGAAAUACAUGAUAGCAUAGGCCUUAGGUUUAAGCAAUGCUCCUACAACUGGUGGGAUCACAGUCUAGCUAUAGGUGAAGUACUUUUCCUGGCAUGGGGUAUAAGAGUCUGCUAUAAUGUUCGCAAUGCGGAAUCACUGUACAAUGAGGCCCGACUCAUCAGCUAUGCCAUUUACAAUAUUGCAAUUGUGAACAUUACUAUGAUUGCAUUCCACUUGUUCAUCUUUCCUCAUGCUGGCCCUGACAUCAAGUAUCUGCUAGGUUUCAUCCGAACUCAGCUGAGUACAUCUGUCACAGUGGGGCUUGUAUUUGGUCCUAAGAUUGUGCGUGUGCUACGUGGUCAAGGUGAUCAAUGGGACAACCGUGCACGUGCACGGGGAGUAACAGCAUCUUUCUCUCUUAAUGGUAUUGGAUUGAUGCCGGAAGAGACUCCAGAUCUGUACCAAGAAAAUGAGGAACUGAAGGAAGAGAUUCAGAAGCUGGCUGCUCAGAUUGAAUUUAUGAAGAUCGUUCAUAUGGAGAUGAACAACAGGCACUUAAAGCCUAAACCUGGUGGCUACUUCAAUGCUGCCAAUACAGCAGUGACUUUGCAGAGUCCAUUGGGAAAAACAUCUGGAUUUGUUGUGGGCAAGAGCUCUGGAGCUGAGGAAAGCUGCAUUGUCUCAGCUACUGAUGGUGCUAGUGAACGUGUCUGACUAGUAGUCAAUAGUGAAGAAGUGUGGUUGUGACAGGAAACCAUUUAUGGACAUAUUCUCUUGCUACCCAUUUCAUCUUUGCUGUGGAAAUCCCUUGUUUGCAAAUGUGGCUGUGGAAUGUUUUCUGACCUUCAUUCUGCUGCAUCCCCUGCUGUGAAGUAUAGCAUGCUGACAGUUUUUUAAUUUUGCAAAAAAGUAUGACUUUUUCUUUUUCUCUCCCAGUGUGCAAAACUAUACCUCAAGCUUUCUGUUUAUUUAUUUUGUUCAUUUAUGUAUGCUGAUGCAAAG